AUGGCUGCUCUGAGCUCUAGUCUCGCUCGUGCUGACGUGGCACUGACAGAGGCUGCCCUCGCAGCCACCUGCUCGCACCGUUCCGCCUUCUCCUCCUUCUCGGGUCUGCGCGCCGCUCCACAGGGCACUGCUACGCCUCAACUGGCGCAGAGGGCCUGUGCAGCACGCCGAGCCGUCGUGAGGGCCGCCACCACAGUAGCGCCCACGUACACGAAUCUGAGGCCGCUGGGCGACCGCGUGCUGGUGCGCAUUCAGGAGGUGGAGGAGCGCACGUCGGGCGGCAUCCUGCUGCCCACGUCGUCGCAGACCAAGCCGCAGGGCGGCUCCGUGGUCGCCGUGGGCUCGGGCAGGACUCUGGGCGACAAGAAGGUCGCCGUCGACGUGCCCGAGGGCGGCAGCAUCGUGUACAGCAAGUACGCGGGCGUGGAGAUCGACUUCAACGGCGCGCCGCACCUGCUGCUGAAGGAGGACGACAUAGUGGGCGUGCUCGCCACCGACGACAUCGCCGACCUCAAGCCGCUCAACGACCGCGUGCUCAUCAAGGUGGUGGAGUCGGAGUCCAAGACGGCGGGCGGUGUGCUGCUCACGGAGAGCGCCAAGGAGAAGCCAGUCGUUGGCACGGUGAUCGAUGUUGGCCCAGGUGCCCUGGGCGAGGAUGGUUCAAGGAAGCCUGUGGACAUCACAGAUGGCGCUACUGUGCUCUAUGCCAAGUUUGCAGGCAAUGAAUUCAAGGGCAAGGAUGGCUCACCAUAUGUUGUGCUCAGGUCUUCCGAUGUGAUGGCUGUCCUUUCUUAG